AUGCUGGUUGAUGUCUGCAACGGGUCCCUGGAAACCCUUGUGAAAACUUCUCAUCAUGUCUUGACAACAACAGGCUCAAGCACCGAUCCAGGGGAAUCUGCUUGUUGUUCCAUUGUUGAAAGAGAAGUGCCAAGUAACAGGAAGUUUGUGUUGGACGUUACUGGAAGGGUGACAUUCGAGACGGUGAGAUCGAUUGUGGAGGUUUUGUUGUGGAAGUUGUGGGAUGGUUUGAAGAGAGGUGCUGAUGUGGUUCAUGAUGGGGUAGUAGAAAGAGGGCUUCAGGUUGUUCGAUAUGUUGGUGCUAAGUCUUCUGUUAUUGUUACCAUUUGCCUGACAUUGUAUAUACAUGUUGUGGGCAGCGCCAGGGUGAUGUUGCCUGCUUGA